CGUCGGUCUCGUGCCUGUUAGUGUUUAAAAGUGCACAAGGUGUUUAACUUUUAUUCUGGAUCUUCUUCCUGUUCGGGACUGAGAGGGUCGUGAGGGUCUCAGGCUCUGGUUGUGGUUCUGGGUUGUUUGGAGCCGGGUCACGAUGCCGGGUCUGAGCGGACUCGUCCUCCUGGCUCUCUGUCUGAACCUCCACACAUGCCGGGCCCUCCCCGACCCGCUGGGGGGCUGCGGGCCGUGUGAGCCGGACCUGUGCCCGCAGACCCGCGGCUGCAGGGCCGGACUGGUGCCGGACCCCUGCGGCUGCUGCACGGAGUGCGGCAACCUGGAGGGGCAGACCUGCGACCAGGGAGACCGGAGCGUCUUCUACGGGCUCUGCGGGAGCGGGAUGCGGUGUCUGGCGGACCCGGGGCCAGGAGGACGGGGGGACGAGGCGCAGUGCGCGUGUGAGGACCAGAAGGUGGUCUGUGGGGCGGAUGGGGUCACAUACAUGAACAUGUGUCAGUUCAGAGAGGCUGCCUUCUCCAGACCAGACCUCCAGACCAGGGGGAGGGGGCCCUGCAAGACCGUCCCUGUCAUCAAGGUGCCCCCCCACAGCCAGGUGAACGGGACCGGCAGCAGCCUGGCGUUCCUGUGUGAGGUGUUUGCGUUCCCGAUGGCGCUGGUGGAGUGGAGGAAGGAGGGCCGGGACGUGGUCCUGCCCGGAGACGACCCCCACAUCUCGGUCCAGUCCCGAGGCGGUCCCUUGAAGUUCGAGGUCACCAGUUGGCUGCAGAUCGAGGGGGCGGAGCCAGAGGACUCGGGGACCUAUCGCUGCGUCGCUCGCAACAACGUGGGCUCGGUGUCGGCCUCCGCUGUGCUGGGAGUACUGGGAGCAGGUGAGACAGGCGAGGACUUGGAGUACUGGGAGCAGAGGAGCUGUCGUCCUACCUGGCCAAUAGCGUGUCAGAGAUGAAGCAGCUGAUGGACCCCACAGAUUACGAUCAGGACUUUUACUGACCAGUGUGUGAUGUCACUUCCUGUCACGUGACACCGUUUGUCUUCCUCCAUCUGACACAUUAAAACAGGUUUUUCUAUACAUAUUACUAGUGUUGUUAUUGUUGUUGUUGUUGUUGUUGGUACGUCAGCAUGUUGAAUAUAUUGUCUCCG